AUGCCUGAUGUUAUCGAGUUGAGCUUCAUCCCAUCUUCCAGCGUUAACAGGAAAAUAAUUAAUCCCAUCUCAGUGAGAUCCCAUCUUUCAUGCACCGGGGGCUGGCUAGUUUCCAAGGAUUCUAAAGAGGAGUGGGAUCUCACCCCACAGGCUGGAAGGCAAGAUAAGACAAGAAAAGAUAAGACAGGACAUGACAAGACCGAACAUGACAGAGAACGACAGGACAAGACUAGACCGGAGAGAACAAGAAAGGAGGAAAAAAGACAAGGCAAGAGAAGACAAGAGAAGACAAGAGAAGACAAGAGAAGACAAGAGAAGACAAGAGAAGACAAGAGAAGACAAGAGAAGAGACGACGGACAAGACAAGACAAGACACGACAAUACAAGACAAGAGACGACGGACAAUACAAGACAAGAGACGACGGACAAGACAAGACAAGAUACGACGGACAAGACAAGAGAAGAGACGACGGACAAGACAAGAGAAGAGACGACGGACAAGACAAGACACGACAAGACAAUUCAAGACACGACAAGAGACAAGACAAGAGACAAGACAAGAGACAAGACAAGAGACAAGACAAGAGACAAGACAAGAGACAAGACAAGAGACAAGACAAGAGACAAGGCAAGAAACAAGGCAAGAGACAAGGCAAGAGACAAGGCAAGAGACAAGGCAAGAGACAAGGCAAGAGACAAGGCAAGAGACAAGGCAAGAGACAAGGCAAGAGACAUGGCAAGACAAGACAAGACAAGACAGGACAGGACAGGACAGGACAGGACAGGACAGGACAGGACAGGACAGGACAGGACAGGACAGGACAGGACAGGACAGAAAAAUAUGGUUGCGUCUGGCAUGGCAUGGGAAUAAUACUUACUAUUCCUAAAAUGAUAUCUGGGGCAGGCAAAUUUGUCACCUGUUAAAACCUUACAUCAUGGAAGAAAAAAUUUGUAAACUUCACGUUAGGAGAUAUCUAUUUAGAGGUGAAGCCCAGUUGUAUGCACUGCAGUCAUGUUUUGCAGGCAAAGUUGUCAAGGACCCUAAAAAUGGGACCCUGAACGCAGACAUUUCAAGACAUCCUAAAGCUUUUCAGUGUAUAAACGUCUGACUAACGAGGUUAAUUUUUAGAUUAUAUAUACCUUGUCAACUGAAAUAGGCAGCAAUAACAUCAAUAAGUAAGGUUAACCAACUAAUUAGCCAACCAGUUAACCAACCAGUUAGCCAACCAAUGGGGCAUGCUUAUGGAAGAUAUUAUCAAUGGAGUUCCAGGGUGAAAACUAACUCUUUCUGUCUACAAGGUAGCUGUUUUUUCAAAUUUAUGUUAACUGAUUGCCAAUUAUCCAAAACAUCUUGCGAUUGUAGUGUUUUGCACAACCUGCUAGCAAAUGGUGCCUGAUUCUGGUUUAAGUUUUUGUUUUAGAUCUUUUUACUAGUUUAGUUAUCAUAAGCUCCUAACUCCAAGACUUGUUGAAUUAAAUCUCCGCAAAUAAAGGGCGUAACACUAGUUCAAGGAGGUUGUGAUAUCAAACAACAAUAUAGAAACCAUGCCCAACAAAUUAUGCUAAUUCAAAAUAGUGUUGUUGUAGCUUUUCUAUAGAUCAAACAAUGGAAGGAUUUGUGGCUCCAAUGAACUAAAAUAAUUAUUGAUUGGGAAAAAAAAUACUUAAUUUCUAUACCAAAUAUGCAGACAAAGCAAAAUUGAAGUUUAGGCAUUGUUAUUGUGAAAACAUAAAAACAAUAAUUAUACAGUGACCUUGCGAUAUCCGUAGAGCUGAAAUCCAAAACUAAAUUUAAUAAUUUACUUUUUCUCUAUUACAUUGAUUCUUAAUCAAGCUGCUCAAUUUUAGCUUAAAGAUAAGUAAAUCAAUUUUGCUGACAAUCAUUGAGUGGGUAUUGAUGUUGGGAAUGACUUUAACUAGCAAGUUCAAGUAGCACUUUUCAUCAUCAAUGUAUUCCAAAUGCACCAAAACGGUCUUACAAUAGAUUCAACAAAUUAUUCAAGAAAGAAUAUAUCAAUCAGCCUUAUAAGUCACAUCCCUGCUUGUUUUCCCUGACAAAGGAAGAUAAAUAGAUUUAAAAAUACUCAACCGAACUUUGUGCAAACUAGAUUUCUUGUAUUUGAUAAUUAAAAACUGAGUGCUAAAAGAAUGAAAAUAUGAGUUUUUUUGUACUCAAAGAAUUAAUAGACAGGUGGUCCAAAAAUGUAACGCAAGAAGCAUGCUGACUUUCUCUUAAAGGGCCACUCCAGCCCAAAAUUUUUAUUUAAGAACACAAUG